GUCAAUAAAACUUUGUGCACCAACACACACAACUUCCAGCACCAGCCAGAUGGGCCAAAAUGGGGAUUUGCAAAGCUGCCUUGCUCUUUCUUUUCUUGCUCAGCUCAGUGAAAGGAGAUACACUGGAUGACUAUUUAAGAACAGAUGGUGUUUGGGUACUUACUCGAAACAAACAGUUUUACAAGACAAAUAAUGAAAAAGAAUGUGCGGACAAAUGUGAAGCUGAAAGAAAUUUUACCUGCAGGGCUUUCCUAUUCACCAGGAAAAAGCUACAGUGUUUAACACUGGCUGAAAAUUCUAAAAUGACAGUGACGUUCACCAGCACGGACACAGUUCUUUAUGAGAAGAGAAUUUACCUUAUGCAGUGUAAAAGAGGGAUUGGGACAGACUACAGAGGAACAGAAGCCAAGACUCAGAGGGGUAUUCCAUGCCAGAAGUGGACAGAAAAAAUACCCCACAAACCAAAUUAUACACCUGAGAGAUACCCCAGUGCAGGGUUGGAAGAAAAUUACUGCCGAAACCCUGAUGCAGAUGAAAGAGGACCCUGGUGUUACACAACAGAUCCUGCCAUGAGAUUUGAUUACUGUCCCAUCCCAGAGUGUGAGGACCAGGUCAUGCACACUGGAGAAGGUAUACUCACUUUUCAGAGAAGAGAUGUUCAAGUAGGACCCACAGGGGAGUGCAUGCAGUGUAACGGCGAGGAUUACCACGGAGAACUUUCGAGAACAGAGUCUGGACUUGAGUGCCAACGCUGGGAUGCCCAAGAGCCUCAUAUGCAUGGAUUUAUCCUGAAACACUAUCCAGAGAAGGAUCUGAAGAUGAAUUAUUGCCGCAAUCCUGAUGGUGAACUUCGGCCCUGGUGUUUCACUACCAACCCAAAUAAACGCUGGGAAUAUUGCAACAUUCCUCGUUGCACUACACCCCCACCAGUCUCUGGCCCAGACUCCCAGUGUCUUUCAGGGAAAGGUGAAGACUAUCGAGGAAAGAUAGCCACCACGGAAUCAGGAAAUGCCUGCCAACACUGGAACACACAGUUUCCUCACAAACAUGGCUGGAUCCCUGACAGAUAUCCCUGCAAGGGCUUACAGGAAAACUACUGUAGAAACCCUGAUGGAGAGAAGAAGCCUUGGUGCUACACCACCAACAGCAGCAUUAGAUGGGAAUAUUGCACAAUUCCUCCCUGUGACAGGACAGAACAAGGGAUUUCUGAUGCGCCCGUACAAGUUCCCCUAACAGAGGAGUGCUACCGAGGCAGAGGCCAGAGUUACCGUGGCACAACAUCUGUCACUGCGUCAGGAAAGAAGUGCCAGGCCUGGAGCUCCAUGUUCCCACACAGCCAUAUAAAAACCCCAGACAAAUUCCCAGACGCGGAUUUGAGGGACAACUAUUGUAGAAACCCAGAUGGUGACAGCAGCCCGUGGUGUUUCACCACUGACCCCAACACGUUAUGGGAGUACUGCAAUAUCAAGAGGUGUGAUGACCAUACACAGGAGCCUGCACCUAAUGCCUCCCCUGGAAUGAUGGACCACCAUAUUGGCCCAGCUACACCCAACACAUCUGGUAACAGCUGGCUAUAAGUGUCACCUCCUGUAGAGUCUGUGGGCUGAAGCUGGACAACCUCUGGUCUGCCAAGAGAAAAACAGAUUUGUCCAAUAUGGAGUCACCUCUUGGGAACUGGCCUGUACCCAGCCAUCAAAGCCUGGUUUUGUCCGAAUUCCUGGUUUUGUUUCUUGGAUCAAGAAUGCAGUAGCUUCCCGCUGAAUCUGGAUGCAGGCUACUUCUUCUGGAAAGCAGUCCCUGUGUCAGAAACAACAUUUCAAGUAUGGAUUUCUGACUGGUUUUAAAAAUUAUGUAAUAAUUCAUAGGAAUCCUAAAUAAAUACCACUACUGGCUGUGCCUAAGUAGCUAUUGCAAAGCAACAGCAAAUUGCCA